UCUGUUUACUUCUGUCAAAAUUCGCAGUGACAGCCACGGUUUGUGUUUAUAAACUUUUGAAAAUUUUAAAAACCGAUUUGAAUUUUGCCAGAUUUGUAAAUCGAAUAUUGGACGACAAACCGCAAUGAAAUGUCUGGAGAUAUAAGGCAAUUUUUGGAAGAGCACCGUUUAGAAAUUCUACGGGAACGAGAAAGGUUAAAUUUGUUGACUAAAUUUUUUCAAGAAGAAAAUAAAGAAAAUGUCCAAAAUCAGGGGAAGAUUGACGACUUACAGGAAAACAAAAGGCCAUCGGAUAAGGGUGACUUCGACAGGAAAGAGAACCAAGAGCAAGAUGACAGUGCGAAAAGUGCAGCCUUUCUGCACGAUACUAAAGAAAACUGUGUAGGAGCCAAAGAAGAAGGAUCUGCUAAAGGGAUUUGUGAAGAGAAGAAACCUAGUUGUGAGAAGGUGCCUUCAAUAGUCGAACCUCUGGAUCUGAGGGACUGCUAUGAACUUAGUUUAGAACAAAAGAAACAAGCUUUGAUAGAAAAACUUGCCAAUUCGGAGAGUUUUUUCACAUCUAAACCGAAUGAAACAAGGGUCGCAGGUUCAGUGGGACAGAGGGCCCUCUUCGGAUUGCCCCACUUGCGUAGAGGGGAUUUCGCUCCCCAACAGUGUUACACCACUUUGAGGGCGGCACCCCACGAAGGGCUGGGGGAGUAUGACAUCAAACGGCCUGUCAUUCACAGGAGCACCAGUGGUACCAGUGAGGGCAGUAUUAGACAAAAAGACCAAAAAGCAGUUCCUAUUCCGGAAAUUUUAAUUGAAACCCCUGAAAGUAGUGAAAUUCCUCUCGAGAAAAGUAGCCGAAGUACCUAUUCCGCAAUCUCUGUUGAUACCAAAUCGGUUCAGACCGAUAUCCAAAAUAUCAAUACAGAAUUGGUUAUAAAAAAUGAAGUGGUGCAGAGUAGCGCGCUCCGAACCGUGACUGACGACCUGGUGGACUUGGCGCUUCAAACACGUUCACCGUUACGGCGCCACGUCCUUGACCAGCGACUGACCACCGAGGAGAAUGCAGUGUUGUUGAGAGCCGCAAGUGCUCGGAACCCAUCAAUCACUAUGGAUAAACCGAAAAGUAUCUUAUCGAAUAGAAGAACUGGUAGUGCUAGAGAUAGGUACAAUUCAGAUUUGGGUCAAACCUCUUACGCGUCUACCACUUUUAUGGAUGGAUUUAGUUAUUCUGAUAGAAGUGACGACUUAGAAAGAGAAAGAUUAAAACGAGAAUCAUACCAACACGAAUUAAGAUUACAAAUCGAGGAGAAACGUCAUUUGACGGCUUUACGUGAGGAUCAGGAGAGACGUGAAAGGGAGCUAGAAAACAGGAGACUGGAGCAACAGCUAUUGCGUAUGCGUGAAGAACAGGCGCAAGAAGACCAAAGGAGGCAGCGCAGAACCGAACUUAUGCGCAGACAUAGCGAUGACCUCUUGCGACGAAAGACCGAAUUACAUGAGAUGAACAGACCGUGGCGUCGUCACGCGGACUCGGAGAGCGCCAACUUGGAUACUUUGGGGCUUGGUACUUCCCCAACAGGUUAUACUUGCGGAGCCGGUAGCAGUGGUUACUCACCUCCGGUAAGCAGGAGGGCGCCAGUUUCGCCUUAUUCUUCUUCGGCAACGUCAUACAAUAUGCCACCCAGCAAUGUGUUCCCCGAUAGCAGUAGUUUUAAUAGAUAUAACACAUCUCGUUUCGAAUCUUCCUCGUACCCUGGCGGUAUUUUGCGCAAACCGAGUGAGUUCAGGCGGAUGGAGUCGGUAAACUCAUACGAUACGAUGCCGCUUGCACGCAAUCCGACUGCUCGAUCACGUUUUGAUCGGUUCGAUUCGCUUAGCAGGAUCGACUCACUUAGUCACCGACUCGAAACCAUGAGCAUGCGUGAUGGUUACUCGAGUACCGGAGGGGAGCUGACUGACUUGCAUAGAAGGCACAGCGCCACUCAGCAAGACUUAAGCCUGAACCGGUCGCCUCGGCUACGCAGGCGCAACUCGUCUUCCCGCUUUGAAGAUCCGCUUCCCGUUCCGAUGCUCAAGGCCCGUUCACCGGUCGCCAAGGAGCUUCGAAAUGCGAUUCCCUUUAGCUCGCACCGAGAGACCCAGCGGAGAAUAGACGAUCGAUGGCAGAGCCAAAAACUAGACUCUCCUGGGGUGACGGGCAGCAACGCCACGCGCGGCAGCAUCCUAACGCAGUUGGGUUCGAUAAGAGCGCAGCUGCAGCGUGAACAGCUGCGCAUGGAUGAAUCGCUGCGUAGACGCGGGCUUAUGCGCACAAGGACGACGGAUCAGGAUUACUGACCUUUAGGGAAAAACUACUGCAUCUAUCAAAUUCUUAUGACUACCCCCAAUCAUCAAUACCAGCAACAAUGUCUGUGUCACCAGCUUAACUGGCUACUAGAAGAUGACAGUCAAUUGUGUCUGAAACAUCGACUCUACUCUGUACAAUACCAAAGUUGUUUUUUUAAUAUUGAUAAUAAUUAUUAUAGCUUUUGUCUAUUUGGUGUCAAGUCCAUAUCAGCUCUAGUUAUUGGCUUGACAUUGAUAUCUUAUAUUGUUAGAGUUUGUCUUUAUAUUUGUAUUAUUAGUGUUUAUUAUGAUGAUGGUGAUGAAAGAAAAAAUAGAGAAGAAAAAGAUAAUAGAUAACGUUGACAAGUUUAA